AUGACUUAUGAUGAAGCAGAGAUGUGGUGCAAAGACAGAUAUACUAACAUGGUUGCCAUUCAGAAUAAGGAGGAAAUCAGAUAUCUUAAUAACUUCUUACCUUUUAAUCCCGGUUACUACUGGAUUGGAAUCAGAAAAAUUAAUGAGACAUGGACCUGGGUUGGAACUAACAAAGAACUAACAGAAGAGGCAGAAAACUGGGCUUUGGGUGAGCCAAAUGGUGAAGGGAACAACGAGGACUGUGUUGAAAUCUACAUCAAAAGAGGGAAGGAUGAUGGCAAAUGGAAUGAUGCACAGUGUGAGAAAAAGAAGGUUGCCUUGUGUUAUACAG